UUUUGUUUCGCAUUCGCAUUCACUGCCGGUAUCUCAUUUUAAUGUCGCCCCUUUUUUAAUUAUAUUUUCAUUCAGUUAUUUAAACAAUUAAGAAAUGUUAAAAAUAAUUAUAGUUGCUUUAUUAAUAAACAGUAUAAAUGGCGAAGAAGUUGAAGUGGAAGUUGAUCCAUCUGGAUAUCUUAUGUAUUGUCCCUGCAUGGGUCGCUUUGGCAACCAGGCUGACCACUUCUUAGGCGCUCUGGCCUUCUCGAAAGCUCUUAAUCGAACAUUAGUUCUUCCACCAUGGGUUGAAUACCGAAAAGGGGAAUUACGCUCGGUACAAAUUUCCUUCGAUGAGUACUUCCAAGUGGAACCACUUCAGAAGUACCACAGAGUGAUUCUGAUGCACGAAUUCAUGAAAAAUGUUGCAGACAAACUUUGGCCUGAAACUGAACGCACUUCGUUCUGUUACAUUGAGCGAAAGAGCUUGAAUAAACAGAUAACCAAAAAAGAUUGCCACGCUAAGGAUGGUAAUCCUUUCGGUCCAUUCUGGGACACCUACAAAAUAGAUUUUAAGAAGUCCGAAUUCUUUGGACCAUUGCACUUCGAUGUACAUCACAGUAACGUCGCUUCCAAGUGGGCGGAUAAGUAUAAUCCUGAAGAAUGGCCAGUGAUCGCUUUCACAGGUGCCCCAGCCAGUUUUCCACUACAAACAGAGAACCGUGAAUUGCAAAAAUACGUGGUUUGGAGCACUAAAUAUCGGAACAUGGCUAAGCAGUUCAUUAAGACCGAACUUCCCAAAGGUGCCUUCAUAGGGGUACAUUUGAGGAAUGGCAUUGACUGGGUGCGAGCUUGUGAGCACGUCAAAAACAGCCAGCAACUAUUUGCCUCCCCGCAAUGUUUGGGCUACAACAACGAGAAGGGUGAACUAUUCCCCGAACUGUGUAUGCCCCCAAAGGAGGUUAUCAUCAAACAACUGAAGAGACUCAUCAAACAGGUCAAACAAACUCACAAAAACAACGAAGUGAGAUCAAUAUUCGUUGCUUCGGAUAGCAAUCAUAUGAUUUCUGAGCUGAAUACAGCUCUCGCAAGGAUGAAUAUCACUGCUCAUAAGGUUUCAAAUGACAAUCCGCAUUUAGAUUUGGCCAUUUUGGGUUUGUCAAAUCAUUUUAUUGGCAAUUGCAUUUCGUCGUAUUCGGCAUUUGUUAAACGUGAACGAGACGUUAUGGGCUUUCCGUCGUACUUCUGGGCAUUCCCCAAGGAGAAGGAACGUCAUCAUACAGCUAAGCAUGAAGAAUUGUAGAUAGAUUCUUUUCUUUUUUGUAUUCGACUUUCUUAGGAUUCUCAUUUUCAGGAAGAUAGAUUAAGAUUCAAGAAUUUACUAGACAUAGUUUAUUUGUAGUUUUAAGAAGUAAUAAAAAUAAGAUUCAAACAA